CUUCUUCUAGCUUAGCAUAUUCUCCGUCGCCUCCUUCCCAUCGCUAGUUUUAGGGAAUUGGCCUCUUGCAUACCGAGCGAUUUAUUCGUGACGCUGAUAGAUCACGAUACUGAGCGAGUUCUCCUACACUAUACGAAGCCAGGGUUAGGAUCUUAGAGUUCCGAGAUUCCAUUGUACAUGAGAUUCCACCAGCAAUGGCGCUUCCCACGUCAGAGCUCUUCAAUCGGUACUACUUCAGCGAGGUUCUUGGAGAGGGCCAGUCUGGCCGCAUUUGGCGCUGCCGCGAUAGAAUCACGGGGGAGACGCUCGCGUGCAAGCAGGUCCGCAAACGCGGGAUGUCACACGUGGAGCUCGCUGAUUUGCGGAGAGAGGUUCAGGCGAUGCUGAUUCUUCGGGGGCACCCGAACGUGCUGUGCUUGCGAGGACUCUACGAAGACGACAAAGCGGUGUACAUGAUAACGGAGCUGUGCGCGGGCGGCGAUCUGUUCGCGCUUAUAGCGGAGCACGAGGGGCUGGAGGAGUCUGCCGCGGCGCGCCUCUUCCUUCAACUAGCGAGGGCUGUGCGGUGGUGCCAUAUCAACCGCGUCGUGCAUCGCGAUAUAAAGCCAGAGAACAUUCUUGUCGUUCCCCCCGAGCUUUCCCCCGACUCCGCGCCCUUUCCCCCAAAGCACAACCGGAGAAAGUCCCGCCUCUCCGACAACGAGUCGUCUUCCCCUCCUUCCUCCCCCGAGUCCCCCGCUUUCUCCGCCUCCCCCGAUGGCGUCGAGACUCAGGCUGCUGGCAGAAAUGCCCCGCGCCCCGAAGAUAUGGGAAUCCGGCUGGCCGACUUCGGCUUGGCGUUUCCGCUACAACCGGGUUCAGCUAUUAUCGGAGCGGCCGGAAGCGCGCCGUACGAAGCGCCGGAGGUUCUGGCGCACGAGCCGUACAACUACUGCGCGGACAUCUGGUCGCUUGGCGUGUUGCUCUACGCGAUGCUCUCCGCUAACUGGCCGGCUUUUCCCGACGACAAUCGCAAGCUGCUGCCGUCAGAUCUGCAGCCGAAGCCAUGGCCGUCGAUCUCGUUCGAGGCGAAGGAUCUGAUCCGUCGGAUGCUAACGGUGGAUCCUAUGGACAGGAUUGAUAUUAUCGGCGUGCUCGAGCAUCCAUGGUUGGCGAAACAGCUCGCUCCGCCUCGGCUGGAGGCUCCGUCGCCGGCUCCGUCGCUGGCUCCGUCGCCAGCCCCAGCACAGUCACAGCGACCAAAGACGAAGUUACGGUCUGCGACACCCCAAAGCGAAACCGUGAAGCGCUGGGAGCCUUCGUCCAACGCUGUCGCCGUGCCUCGAGCAUUGAGCGUCGUAGUCGCAACAGCUGCUGCGACGGAGUCGCCGAAGAGUGAACCUGUUUCGCCAACGACCAGUGUGAGCCCUGGCGGGCCCGCUACUGUCUGCCGUGAGAACGGCCAAACCCUAAAGCUAGAAUCCCCUCACGAUCGACCGCAAUCAGUGGCCGUGAAGCUGGCGGAAGUUCCGCGAUCACACAGCAAUGUGUUGCCCAAGUCAGCACGUGAUGUGCAAGCGACUGUCGCGACGACUCCCGGGCGAUCCAGGCAAACCAGAAGAUCCCGUCUCCAGCGACAUUCCUCGCAAAUCGCGCAAUCCCAUUUAUCGUCGACUCUCGGUGGUGACCACGUUUCGGAGGCUGGAAGAUUUGAGGGUUGUGGUGUUUCCAACUCCGCCGCAAGGCAUUUUACCCAGUCGGCUCUUGUCGGGGAUAUAGCCAGGGAAUCUGACGGUAACUGUAACGGAGCCGACGGAGACGACGGAGUAGACGGGGAAAGCAAAACGUCAAACGAUCAGGGUGAAAGUGAGGGCGAUUUCCCCUCCCCUUCAUCUCCGCCCUCCAGAACUUCUGAUGAAGUCCCAAACGCAGCAGAGCCGCCCACAUCUUCUGGCAGAGGGUGGUGUGAGGCGUUUGAGCAUCAAGAAAAGGAGAGGGAGGGAGUGGAUAGCAGUAUUUUAUCAUGCCGUAUCAUGCCUGGAAGACGAUCCAGGUUCAAGAACCACCUAGAAGACCCUCCCCUGCCUGCAGCCCUAUCUUUAUCAUCAUGCUCUUCAGUGUCAUCGGGCUCAGACCUUUAGACUAUAUAGCUACCGUAUCAGGCCCAAGAUAUCAAGUUUUUUUCCCUGAUUUUGCCUUUUUCUGGGUGUUCGUGUAUAUCUACCUUGAUGAUGUUGGAAAUACUU